UUUUUAAUGAAAAAGAAGUUGUGCAUAGAGGCCGGCCCUCUUAAAUAAAAUCCAAAGGAAAUGACCCUGGGCCUGAGCCGGCCCGGCCAAUAUUCCGCUUCUCAGUCCACCAAUCUUGGUAGGUUUUGAGCAGUCAUGGGGUUUGCCUUGACCAGCCCUUGUCCUGUUCUCUACCGCCACCCACAACUACAAUUCAUAACUCAACCAUUCCCAUCGAUCCCGACUCACCACCACUACCACCACCAAACACAUCGCAUCAAACCAUAAACCCUACCUGAUGGCCGAUUCACCUUCUAAAACCCUGGAACACCAAGCUCCAACGCAGGCCUCAAAUACCGAAUCAGAUUCCAAACCCGUAGACGAAGGGAAGCCCCAGGAAGCUGAAGGGAAUCCACAGAACGUGUCUAAAGAAGAAGAGGAAGCGGAGGACGAUGAGGAGGAGCCCGGUGAAUGUGGGUUCUGCUUGUUUAUGAAAGGCGGUGGCUGCAAAGAGAGCUUCACAGCUUGGGAACAGUGCAUUGAAGAGUCUGAGAAGAACAAGGAGGACAUUGUUGAGAAAUGCUUUGAGGUCACUUCGGCUUUGAAGAAGUGUAUGGAGGCUCAUCCCGAUUACUACCAGCCCAUAUUGCAGGCUGAGAAGGCAGCUGAGGCAGAGGCUGUCAAGGAAUUGGAGAAGGAAAAGGCUGCUGAGAGCUCCAAGGAUCAAAAUGCCGCCGCUUCGGAGCAGCAUUCGGAUUCCAGUGGCGAGAAAGAUGCAUAGCCGGUUAGGUGCUUGUUGAUUUGUUUCUGUCAACUGGAAAAGAAAAACUAUAUGAUUUUGUACCUUUUCACACACCUAAUUGGUAAGCAUGGUCAGUCGUCGAGAUUUUUGGAAAUUAUUUUAGUUGCGGAUAUGAUUAGUGGAAAUUCAGAGACUUGAAAAUCAAAAGUGUUUGAAAACUUGUAAUUUCUGUGAUCACAAUAAUUUUACUUGGAUAAAACCAAUAACAAUCACUAUUUUUGAAUUUAUAACUGACUCUGUUUGUGAAUCAA